AUGGAAUGGUGCCGUGUCCCGUGCCCGCAGGCCAGGCUCACCAUGGUGCUGCAUGCCAUCCUGGCACGAGGGAGGGACGUGUGCAGGCGGAACGGACUACUCAUCCUAUCUGUGCUGUCUGUCACCAUCGGCUGCCUCCUCGGCUUCUUCCUAAGGACCCGGCGCCUCUCCCAACAGCUUGGGGCCCAUGCUGUGGGCUCCCAGUUUCUGCAGGACGACCUGCUGCCCCUGCAGGACGGCCUGCUGCCCCUUCCCUACCCCAAGCCCUGGGAUCAGGCUGAGGGGCCCCCAGCCCUUCGAGGGCCUCAUGUCCCAGUACUCACCAAGCUGGCUGCAACAAAACCCCAAAGUCCCCCUCCACGUGCUCCUGCCGCCGCCUCCCAGUUUGUGCUGUCCAGGCUGUGGGGGCUGAGCACGGCCCAGCGCGAGUCUGUGCGCAGUUUCAUCAUCUUGAUGUCCGGCCUCGCUUCUCUGGAUGCCAAGACCUCCAGCCGCCUGGGCAUCCUCACCGUGUCGUACUACCUAUGGACCACCUUCGUGGCUGUCAUCGUGGGCAUCAUCAUGGUCUCCGCCAUCCACCCGGGUGGGGCGGCCCAGAAGGAGACACUGGAGCAGAACGGGAAGCCCAUCAUGAGCUCAGCUGAUGCCCUGCUGGACCUCAUCCGGAACAUGUUCCCGGCCAACCUGGUGGAAGCCACAUUCAAACAGUACCGAACCAAGACCACCCCGGUUGUCAAGUCCCCCAAGGUGCCUGCGGAGGAGGCCUUUCCUCGACGGAUCCUCAUCUACGGGGUCCAGGAGGAGAAUGGCUCCCGUGUGCAGAACUUCGCCCUGGACCUGACCCCGCCGCCAGAGGUCAUUUACAAGUCAGAGCCUGGCACCAGUGAAGGCAUGAACGUGCUGGGCAUCGUCUUCUUCUCGGCCACUAUGGGCAUCAUGCUGGGCCGCAUGGGUAACAAUGGGAUCCCCCUGGUCAGCUUCUGCCAGUGCCUCAAUGAGUCCGUCAUGAAGAUCGUAGCGGUGGCUGUGUGGUAUUUCCCCUUUGGCAUUGUGUUCCUCAUCGCCGGCAAGAUCCUAGAGAUGGACGACCCGCGGGCCGUAGGAAAGAAGCUGGGCUUCUACUCCAUCACCGUGGUGUGCGGGCUGGUGGUGCACGGCCUCUUCAUCCUGCCCCUGCUCUACUUCUUCAUCACCAAGAAGAACCCCAUCGUCUUCAUCCGCGGCAUCCUGCAGGCCCUGCUCAUCGCACUAGCCACCUCCUCCAGCUCUGCCACACUGCCCAUCACCUUCAAGUGCCUGUUGGAGAACAACCACAUCGACCGGCGCAUCGCACGCUUUGUGCUGCCCGUGGGCGCCACCAUCAACAUGGACGGCACCGCGCUCUAUGAGGCUGUGGCUGCCAUCUUCAUAGCGCAGGUCAACAACUACGAUCUGGACUUUGGCCAGCUCAUCACCAUCAGCAUCACGGCCACCGCAGCCAGCAUUGGGGCAGCUGGUAUUCCCCAGGCCGGGCUCGUCACCAUGGUCAUCGUGCUCACCUCCGUGGGACUGCCCACCGACGACAUCACCCUCAUCAUCGCUGUGGACUGGGCUCUGGACCGUUUCCGCACCAUGAUUAACGUGCUGGGUGAUGCGCUGGCCGCGGGGAUCAUGGCCCACAUCUGCCGGAAGGACUUCGCUCGGAACAUGGCUGCUGAGAAACUGCUGCCUUGCGAGACCCAGCCAGUGAGCCUCCAGGAGAUCGUGUCAACCCAGCAGAAUGGUUGCGUGAAGAGCAUAGCCGGGGCCUCAGAGCUGACCCUGGGCCCCACCUGCCCCCACCACAUCCCAGUGCAGGUGGAGCAAGAUGAGGAGCUGGGCGCUGCCAGUCUGGACCACUGCACCAUUGAGAUCAGCGAGCUUGAGACCAACGUCUGA